UAUAAUAAAUUGUCAAGUAUUGAUUAUUAUGAUAAAGGAGGAUUUGGUGAAAUCCAUAAAGCUAUCUGGUUAGAUGGACCUCUUUAUAGUUGGGACUUUGACAAACAACAAUGGUAUAGACAAACAGAGUAUGAGGUUAUUCUCAAAACACUUAAUAAUUCAUCAAAUUUGAAUAGUAAAUUUCUGAAUGAGUGGAAAUAUCAUUAUAAUUGUCAAAAAAAUCAUUUUCAAAAUUUAUUCAAUUCUUUGGAAUUACUCAAGAUCCAAAUAAUUUUAAUUAUAUAAUAGUAAUGAGUUAUGCAAAAAAAGGAAGCUUAAGAAAAUGUUUGUCUGAUAUAAUUAAAUUUAAGUGGCAAGACAAUAAUGAAUCAAAUUUAACUCAUGGUGAUUUUCAUGAUGGUAAUGUUUUAAUUUCAGAUAAUCACAAUGAAUUAUUUAUUAUUGAUUUAGGACUAUGUAAACCUAUAAGUGAUUCUGGUAAUAAGGUUAAGUAA